AUGAGAACAGUCAGAAGCCAUGCGACUUUCCAGGAACUUUGGAUAAAUGGUGUUGAUCAAGUCGGAAACUGUGUUCGAUUGCCUCCUACCAAUAGUCCUGUCACCGAUUUAACAUCGACUGAUUUGCGGUGUAAUGUCGGAGGCACAGUUGGAGUAUCCGGGGUAUGUUCAGUGGCAGCUGGAGAGAAUGUAACCGUAGAGAUGCAUCAACAACCCGGAGAUCGAUCAUGUGCCAAUGAAGCCAUUGGAGGCGCUCAUUAUGGACCGGUCAUUCUGUACAUGUCCAAGGUCUCGAAUGCGGCGAACGAUACUGGCGCUAGUUCAUGGUUUAAAGUAGACCAAGAGGGAUACGAUGUGUCUCGUCAGUGGUGGGGUUCGGCAUGUUUUCCCCUUUCUCUAACCCAAGUCAAAUCUCUCGGCUUCUUCCUAGCUUGGAAGUACAUAACCAAACAAACCCUAAACGCCAACUGUGGAAAACGUUCUUUUAUCAUUCCAUCAACACUAGCACCCGGUGACUGCUUGCUGCGCGCAGAAGUCAUCGCUUUGCAUGUAGCAAGUUCUGUAGGAGGUGCUCAACUCUACCUGUCUUGUUUUCAACUACGUGUAACUGGGUCUGGCUCAAAGAACCCCACUGGAGUACUAUUCCCAGGGGCAUACUCGGCAACCGACCCGGGGAUUCUGAUCAAUAUUUACCAACCCAUAAAUAAUUACACCAUACCCGGACCAACUACAGUCUUUACUGGCUAG